AUGAACAUUGCUAGGGUUGCGGGGGAAGUUGUCGAACGUUACUGGGGACUUGGGGAGGUUGAGCAAUGUGAACCUAUGCAAGUUCUUGGUGGAGUUGACUGUUCCUUGACAGAGGCUUUUUGCAUGGCCAUAUUAGAGGCUGCUAGUUGUGGAUUGUUAACGGUGAGCACGCGAGUUGGAGGUGUUCCUGAGGUAGGUAUAAAGGUUUUACCCGAUGACAUGAUUGUGUUGGCAGAUCCUGAUCCAGGUGAUAUUGUGCAAGCAAUCCAAAAGGCAAUAUCUAUGCUUCCCAAAAUUGAUCCCCAAGUCAUGCACAAUCGAAUGAGAGAACUCUACAACUGGCAUGAUGUUGCCAAGCGAACUGAAAUUGUAUAUGAUCGUGCUUUGGAAUGCCCCGAUCAAAGUCUAUUGGAAUGUCUCUCACGCUUGGGCAGGCAAGCUCUUUUGCUUGGUUAUGAUACUGAGUUUUUUGUUUUGGCAUCUACUGGAACUAUGGCAGAUGAUAUUGAGGAGGUGCCAGAUGUUAUAUUUUCACAGAACUGUGAUGAAGAGGUGUUGCAGAAAUCCUAA